AUGAUAAAAGAAGAUGAUGGUAUGGAAAGAAGAUAUGGAAAAUGUCAAUGGUGUGAAAGGCUACUAAAGGCGGAUGUGGAAAGGAAUGGGACUUCUAGUUUACUCAAACACGUAGAUCGGUGUCAAAAAAACCCGAAUAAGCUACAAGAUCCAACUCAAACCAAAUUGAAUCUAAAAAAGGAGUCAAAUGGAGAUACUAGUGUUAAAACAUGGAAACACGAUGAUGCAAGGAUCAAAAAAGCAUUACUUAACCUUUUUGUGGUAGGCGAAUUACCUUUCAAGUUCGUUGAAAACGAGGUUUUUGUGGAAUACACCAAUGCACUUAAUGCUAAGGUUGUGUUGCCAUCUAGACAUACAAUAUCCCGAAAUGUUUCCAAAUUUUACAUACAAGAAAGAACCAAAAUGCUUCAAUUUUUAAGUAACCCAAAGACCGCUAUACAUUUGACAACGGACACUUGGACGUCUUCUUGUCAAAGGACUACUUACAUGGUGGUCACGGCUCACUUCAUAGAUGAGAAUUGGAUGAUGCACAGAGAAUUAUAA